UCAACAGCUGAUUAGAAGUUAGAACUGAGCAAGUGAAUUUCUGUUGCUAUCCUGUUUUGAAAAACGCCCUACGUCAACGUAAAUUGUGAUAGUAAAUUAAAUUAUUACUUUUCUGCAUUACAUUUAGUAACUGUUUGAAUUACCACUUCAUUCUACAAUGUUAGUUCUUGUGCUAGGAGACUUGCAUAUACCUCACAGAUGUAGUAGUCUGCCAUCAAAAUUCAAGAAACUUCUCGUCCCGGGAAGGAUCCAACACAUUUUAUGUACAGGUAAUUUGUGUACAAAAGAAUCAUUUGAUUACUUAAAGACACUUGCUAUUGACGUUCACGUUGUGCGAGGAGACUUUGAUGAGAAUUUGAACUAUCCAGAACAGAAAGUAGUGACUGUGGGACAGUUUCGAAUUGGGUUAUGUCAUGGACAUCAAGUUGUUCCGUGGGGUGAUCCUGAGUCAUUAGCACUAGUGCAACGGCAGUUGGAUGUUGAUAUUCUCAUAUCUGGACAUACUCAUAAGUUUGAAGCUUAUGAACACAACAACAAAUUCUAUAUCAAUCCUGGAUCGGCUACUGGCGCUUAUAAUCCUCUUGACACCUCUGUCACUCCAUCAUUCGUUCUAAUGGACAUUCAGAGUACUACAGUUGUUACAUACGUUUAUCAGCUAGUCGGCGAAGAAGUUAAAGUUGAAAGAAUUGAAUAUAAAAAGAGUUGAAGUGCUGUAUUGAGAACUGUAAGUAAAUCCCAGAACUUGCAACCUAUAUAAAUAUGUAAUAUGUAUAACAAAGAAAAUCUUUGUUGAUAUCAAUUAUUACAAUAAUAAUAUAUAUUUAUCUGAACUUUUAAAUAUCUAUAAUAGACUGGAAUGAGUAACAUUUGGUAUUUAAAACUUCCAUAAUAUUGAUUUAUUGAGUAAAUCUGGUUUGAUAUAUUUACCAGCACCUGGUGUACUAUCAAUCUUUUAUCAAUGUUUUAAAGAAAUAAUAACUUGAGUCUGAGUGUGCUUCGCAGCUACAAUAUCAUUAUUUUAAAUCAUCAACCUAAAGAAUUGCAGAGUAAAACUGCAUUUUUAUGUUUAUUUAGAAAUUGAAUCUGUCUUCUUAUCUGCUUGAUUAAAGAUUACAAACAACAUGCGUGACAGCAGAAAUUUAUCGGACCCUAAUUUCUUUAGAAAAUUGUAAACAGUAAGUUGAUUGUUAUUCAUAAAAUGUAAUUCUAACUGUAAACUUUUAUAUUUUUCUUCAAGUACAUGCCAUUAAAAAUGUCACAGUGUAUAAUUAUCAUUCCAAACAUGUAAGUUAUGUUAAAUAAUUAUUAUAAGUUAUCUGUUCUGAUGCUGAA